UACUGCAAUUAGACGUCAGUCCGAAUUUUUCGAAAUAAAAAAAAGAAGAUAAUUCGAAUUAACGAGCCUUCAGGGUUUCCUGUCCUCUACUCUUUUCAUCGGUUAACCGCCGUAGCAACCGCCGUCACCGUCGAGCCUUUUGGUGGUGCAACACUUUAACAGGAAUGGGAGCUGAGGAUAAUACACUGGAGCAGACUCAUUCUGAAACGACGGCUGAAACGACUGAAGCCUUGCUUGAGGCUGCGAGAUAUGAUGAUUUGGAUGAUGUCACGAGCUUAGCAUCUUCUGGUGUUUCUCUUGAUUCAAAGGAUUCAGAGGGCCGAACAGCACUUCAUAUGGCUUCGGCAAAUGGGCAUUCCGGCAUUGUAGAAUAUCUUAUUCGUAAUGGAGCGGAUGUCAAUGCUUCCAAUGUGGAGAAAAAUACACCUCUUCAUUGGGCUUGCCUAAACGGACAUAUUGAGGUAGUGAAGAGCUUAAUCCUUGCUGGAGCAAGUGUCUCAGCCUUAAAUAGCCAUGAGAGGACUCCUAUCGACGAGGCAGUUAGCAGGGGUAAAACGAACAUCAUCGAUGUGAUCAACGAGGCAGUAGCCCAACUUGAACUCACUGGCACAACGGUAUCAUAAGAAGUCAGAAUUAUUUGAUGUCAUCUUGUACAUUUUUCAUGUGAGAGCUUGCGAGUAUGCAAACUUCUUGGUGGUGGUUACUGUGUUCAAUGUUUUCUAAUAACUUAAAAUAACCUUCCUACAAGUAUUAUGUAAGGUUUGGACUUCAAAUGUUCUCCCAUGUCAUAUUUGGUGACAAGUUGGCAAUGUCAAAUGAUGCAUACUCUAAUAGUGUAGGAUCAACAGCUUUAUCAAUUUAUCAAGUUAUUUCUGCAAAGCUAGCUUUUCCUUAA